AGUCCCGCAAAACGCAACACCUCUUUCUCUCUCUUUCCGGCGCAAAUUCUCUCUCCUCUCAAAAACCAAACCCUAAUUCGUUCAUCUUCAACAAUGGCGCCGGGCGAGAAAACGGUGCUCCAAUUCGGAGGUUCAACGUCUUUGAAUGUUAAGGUUCAUCCUUUGGUGAUCUUCAACAUCUGUGAUUGCUAUGUCCGACGACCCGACCAAGCUGAACGGGUCAUCGGAACUCUUCUCGGAUAUCUUUUACCCGACGGCACUGUUGAUGUUCGUAACUCUUACGCUGUUCCUCACAAUGAAUAUUCCGAUCAGGUGGCAUUAGACAUUGAGUACCACCACAAUAUGUUGACAUCCCAUCAAAAAGUGAACCCAAAGGAAGUCAUUGUUGGAUGGUAUUCAACCGGGUUUGGUGUUACUGGAGGUUCUGCUUUGAUUCAUGAAUUUUACUCUAGAGAGGUUGCAAAUCCAGUCCAUUUAACUGUGGAUACUACAUUCAGAAAUGGAGAGGCAACAAUAAAAGCCUUUGUUUCUGUUAGUUUGUCUCUUGGAGACCAGCCGCUCGCUGCUCAAUUUCAGGAAAUUCCUGCAGAGCUUCGGAUGUCAGAAGCUGAGAGGGUUGGAUAUGAACUUUUGAAAUCAACUGUGGCGGACAAAAUUCCAAGUGAUUUGGAAGGCAUGGAAAGUACUCUGGAGAGGUUGCUGGCUUUAAUUGAUGAAACUUAUAAAUAUGUGGAUGAUGUUGUGGAGAGUCGUGUUGCCCCUGACAACAAAAUUGGGCGGUUCCUUGCAGAGGCAGUAUCUUCCCUCCCGAAGUUAUCACCUUCCGCGUUUGAUAAGCUUGUGAACGACAGCCUACAGGACCAACUUUUAUUAGUAUAUUUAUCUAGCAUCACUAGGACACAGCUGAGUUUAGCAGAGAAGUUGAACACCGCUGCUCAGAUUUUGUAAGUCUACUUCAAGCAGUUUUACGCAUCCAGCCUUGAUUCUGCGCCCUGGAUUUUAGAGAAGAGUGUGUAUUGAUUUAUAAUCUUCCGGUACUCCUGAGAAUAGCCUUUGAUAACUUUGUUGUUGGUGAUAUAUCUGUAGCUCGAAAAUUUUGAUCACUGGAUAAUGUAUUCUCAAGCUUAUACAAUGCUUUUGAUUCUUUCAGUGUUGUUAUUUGACUGCAGUUUAGGUUUAUAUUAGCCUUCGUAAUUGUUUUUA